AUGGAGAGGGAGCCAGGUGGGCCAGGCACUGGGGAAGACAAGGACUUCUUGCAGACCCAGGGGCAGCUCCCCGCGCUGAGCUGCACCGUGCGAGUGCGCGCGCUGCGCAGGCGACUCGGAGUUGACCCCGCGCUUUUGCCGGAGGGAGCCCUAGCCCAGACAUCGUUGGGGGAGCCAGAGGGGCCGGAGUCGCGCCGCAAGCUGGCCCUAGACUAUUUCGGGCUGGUAGUCAUGACAGCAAGCAGCGAUCUGGUGGAUCUUGGGGCGCUCGCCCCCGCAGAGUCGGCGGCGUGGGCACAGGAGGAUGGGAAAAUGAAGAUCUCUCCCCUCGGACUGGCAGAGCUCAACGCCUCCUGCACGCUCGCCGAGCCGGUGGUGGUGGACUGCGGCUUGGACGCCGCCCCCUCCCCCACCAUGCACCCAACCCCUCUCCAACAGUUCUAUAUAAAGCAUUUCAACAUGUCCAUGCGGCUGGAGCAGCAUGAGGGCAGGAACCGGCUCGGCUCCAUGAUUGCCACGGAUGAGGCGCUCUCGGCCUCGCGGGGGACCUGUGGCCAGUACGACGGUUUGGAAACUCUGCUCCCCAAGUUUGUGGACUCCUUAAACAUAUCCUCAAAGCUCAAAAUGGUUUCCCGAGCAACAGAGCAGUUUGCUCAGCCCGCGGGGACCCGGGUGGUCUGGGUGACAGAUAGAGGAAUUUCCAAGGUGCCAACAAGCCUCAUGUGGUGUGGUCACAGGCAAGAGACUUCAGGCGGCGGCCCGAGGAGGAGCCUUCAUGAUCCAAACCCCUCCCACUCGGCCCCACCUCCCAGCACUGCUGCCCUGGGAAUUCAGUUUCUGACGAAACCAUGGCUGCGGGCCUGCGUGUCAGCUGGGAAGUUCUUCAUCACCCUCACGGGCCCUUCCUCGAGGACAACCCCUGGAGCUCCUGUGUCUUUCAACUGCACUGCCGGCCCCUUUGGCUCCCAAGAUGUCAACGUCACCUGGCUGAAGGACAGCGACGAGCACCCAGCCUCGGCGCAGCACCUGCUGCCUUACAACGGAGGCAAUUACUUGGUCAGCAGCAAGGCCUGGGUGACGCUGGCCCGCCAGGACGUGUGGUCCACGAUCGCCUGUGAAAUCACACACAGCGUCCUGCCCAAGCCCCUGAGGGCGGCCCUGAACCUCUCGCAGGUGCUCCAAGUCAUCCCCACCCUGAAGAUCACCACCAAGCCGCCUGCGACUCAGGUCCGCGAGCGUCAGAGAGUGAACCUCACCUGCCACGCCAGCCACUUCUACCCCUCCCCCCUGUCCCUCACCUGGAUGGAGAACAGGCACACCGUCCUGACCGUGGAGUGGCCCCCGGUCACAAGAAACGCAGACGGGACAUACUCUCUGAAGCACACGUGGCAGGCAGAGGCCACGCUGGAAGGGAGUGAGUUUGCCUGCUGGGUGGUCCAGGAUGAUCAGCCUCCUGUCCAGGCCAACGUCACCCUGCGAGCACAGGCACCUGAGCCCAAGAAAGGCAGGAUGGCCCACUCCGUCAACCUGGAAGGCCCGCGUCAGCGCUCCGAGCCGGGCACCAACAUCCAGCUGACCUACAGCUCCUCCGGGGUCCACACGCAGCACGUGACGGUCACCUGGUUUAAGAACAGCAGCAAGCUCCCCAGGACGCAGACCAGCGUGCAGCCCUGCGGGGACACCUACAACGUGACCAGCAGCGUGCUCGUGCCGCUCCGGGCGGACGACCUGUUCUCCUUCGUCGUCUGCCACGUCAAGCACGGGCCCACGGUGGUCUUCGAGCAGUCUGUCCACCUGAGCCAGUACCUCCGGGUUUCCCCUGCAGUGACAGUGUCCCAGUCUUCAGCUUCCUCUGGCUUGGUGGCCAUCAUCUGCCAUGUGCAGAGAUUCUAUCCACAAAACGUGUAUCUCACCUGGGUGGAGGACUGCCACGCGCCAAAGGGAACCGAGCAGCCCCUGUCCAAGAGGAACGGAGACGGCUCCUACAGCCUGAAGAGCUUGCAUCUGCUGAACGCGUCGCUGCAGAGGACUGAGCGGGUGGUUACCUGCAGGGUGCAGCACGAGGACCAGCCUCCCGUCCAGGCCAGCCUCAUCCUGUCCAUGACAGCACACACCCUCGGGAGCCCAGGUCUGGAAAUCCCUGCCAUUAUCUUUGUGGCCUUACUCCUGGGCCUCAAGGUUCUGCUGGUGUUGAGUUUCACAGUCACCUACAUCUGCAGGUGGUGGCACCUGUGACAGUUCCUGUAUGCCCUGUGAUACAUUGCCUGUUGCCCUCUCCAGCGGGUUCAAUUGGAAAGAAGAAGCUGCAAGGACCCGUAGGUCACCAAGACCCCUGCCCAUCUUUCUGCCAUCCCAAUGGACAUGCUCCCUCCCCCACA